AUUUUUUUUGUAUCAUCUCAAAUGUAUUUCUUUGCACACCUAAAUGACGGGUUUGUUUUUGUUUUUUAAUCUACGGUUUGGCUUGUCUUCCAAAAACAAAACAAGGGUUAUAAUUAAAUGUAGAUAAACGACUAAAUUGGAAUUUUAUUGCUUUUGGUUUUGAAUUUUCUGACAUUUUGUACAGAAAAAUACAGAUGAGCUGUGAUUAAUGGAGUAUAAUUGAUGAAUUUAGCAAAAGACCUCUAAAAUGAGUUCAUCCAUGCAUAAUAAUAAUAAAACCUAUUUAUGUUGAAAUCUCGGAGCUGAUGACUUGUUCAAAUGGGAACUGUAUGGCCAUUAAGACUUGUUCACAACUGGUGUCUUGUCUACUGUAAUCGUUGAGUCUAAAAAUAAUCCCGUCUAUUAGCCUUAUUUGCGUGCUGUAGCACCCCCCUGUGGUAGAUUGGGAGAACUACAACCUCAAUAUUAAAGCGGGUCUCUGACCUGAGUGAAGUUUAUUGACACUGAUCAGUUUGAAUGAGCCACGCUUCUACUCAAGAGUAUUUUCUUUUCUAUGUGUGGUUGGACGCUGGGGUGGUUGUAUAGUGUUGGUCGGGAUUAGGCCACGGCUCCUUGGGACGAAGCACUACCGUGUCUGUGACGUCACUGACCACAGGUGUGGUACGAGGGGAACAGGGCUGGAGCAGUGAUGGCGGACGAUGACCUGGAGCAGCAGGAGCCGUUUCCUGUGGAAACGGAUGAGAGGCAGCCGGGGGAUGAAGAGGAGCAACCGGAUGGUGUCUUGGAGAUGGGAUGUUUUGAGAAGUUCCACCGUCUUGUCUCCAAAUGGAUGCUCCCAGAACACUUGCGCGAAAAGUACCUGGAACGUGCCAACUGCUUUCCACCCCCCAUCUUCAUCAUCCUCAUCAGUAUUGCAGAGCUGGCUGUAUUUAUCUACUAUGCUGUGUGGAAGCCACAGAAACAGUGGGUGACCCUGGAUGAAGGCAUCUGGAACAGCCCUUUAACCUACAAGCCUGAAUGCCGGAACGAGGCAUGGCGCUUUAUCUCCUACAUGUUUGUCCACGCCGGUGUGCAGCACAUUUUGGGCAACCUGUUGAUGCAACUGGUGGUAGGAAUCGCACUGGAGCUGGUGCACAAAGGAUUUGAAGUGGGGAUGGUUUAUCUUUCUGGUGUUCUUGCAGGGUCUCUGGCCAGUUCCAUUUUUGACCCUCUCAGUGCCUUGGUGGGGGCUUCUGGGGGUGUUUAUGCCCUACUCGGUGGUUACUUCAUGAACGCUGUGGUGAAUUUCAGAGAGAUGAUUCCUCUCCUUGGAGUGUUUCGUAUCCUCUUCAUUGUGGUCUUUGUUGGUUUAGAUUUCGGGUUUGCCUUCUACAGAAGAUUUGUCAAGUAUGAAGAUGGUUUACAGGUGUCCUUUGUUGCUCACUUUGGAGGAAUUGUGGCAGGGAUGACCGUCGGCUACGUCUUCUUCAGUGCUUACAAUGAGAAGCUACUCAAAGACCCACGUUUCUGGAUUUGUAUAGUGGGCUACACAAUCUUUGUUCUCUUUGCUGUGUUCUUCAACAUCUUCCUUUCUCCAGCCCCGUAGGAGCAUGAAGCUGCACUCAGGCCCUGUUUUAAACUCUAAAAUUCUUGUGUCACUCAGGAAGCUGAUUUUUACUGAUUUGUUGUAGAGAACAGUUACUUUUUAGGGACCCGAACAUUGACCUGUUGUGUUUUUAGCCUUUUUUUUUUCUUUUUUUUUUACUUUGAGCUCUCUUCAGGGCUGAAUUUGUGUGAAAUGGCUCCUCCUGCUGUUUAUGUGUAGUGUUGCUUUAAGGCUAUGCAGAUGAAAAUGUGCCCAUUGAAGCAUUCAUUUUGAACAUGAUGGGGCAGUUAUGUAUGACUUAAUUAACAUAUGUGGUUUACUUUUUCCUUGUGUGCUUUGUUUUGACUUUCUGUAUUUUCCACUGUGUUCUUUUUAUUUGGAUCAUCGAGGACUGCCAUUGAUCCACUGUUCAUAGAAAAGUUUCUUACACUGCUUAAAAACACUAUGCACUAGAAGAAAACAUCAUAUUAACAUAUGACAUCACAUUUUAAGAGAGUUUUUAUACGUGACAGCCAUAACUAUAUGUUUACACUGAUGUAAUGACUGGAAGAACAGGGUGAGUGUCCUUAAUGUGUCUUCUUUAGCUAUGAAGCCGCUUUACUAUCAAGCAUGUUUUUUUAGAAAUGUACUUUUUUUUUAACAAAAAAUAUUUUUUGUUAUUGAAACUGUAAAUUAUCUAAGAUUGUGUGUAAACUAUGACAAAAAGACCAAACAGACCUUCUACACUGUGUUUUCAUAAAUAAGUCACAUUUGUAAAUAUUUUUUUCACAUUAAAUAUGGAACUUCUGAAGAUUUA